AUGCCGCGGAAGCCGCAGUCGUACGACAACUACGGCGCUGCCGUGCCUGAGAUAAUCCUUGCGUCUUCCGACUCCGAGUUUCUCGACCAGCUCAUUCCAGUUCUUAAGGAUGCCUCCCAGGGAGGGCGCAUGGGCGCUCUCGUACAAAACUUCUCGCAGUAUGCCGCCGACCGCGAGUCCGAGAUUGAAAUGGUUGGCUUGACGAAGCAUGAAGAGUUUUUGGGAUCUGUGAACCAGCUGCAGAAGGUCCGGGAGGGCACUGUCAGACUGACGGCCGAGAUCUUGGAACUGAACCAGUCGAUACAGGCCAGCACAGAGAAGCUAGCCGAACAGAAGCAGAGUCUGGUGAACACAAGGGCGGUCCGUCAAAACAUCGCCGACGCAUCUGAGGUGCUCAAGGAGUCACUAAAAAUCCUACAUGCUGUGAACAACGCCCUCGACUUGAUCCGCAAGAAGAACUACUACGCGGCGCUUAAGUCCCUUGACGACCUCCAGAACGAGUUCCUCAUUCCUACGAUACAAAACAAAUAUGCAACCCAACACAAACUGGCAGACCUCAUACAAAAAUCCAUCCCAGCGUGGCAGAAGUCUAUUUGCGAUGCUGUCAUGACUGACCUCAACACAUGGCUUUUUCGCAUUAGAGAGACAUCACAAUAUCUAGGCGAGGUGGCCAUGUGGCAUACUGAGCUGAGGAGGGAACGCCAGCGCGAGCGUGUGGAGUCGAACGAUUUCCUGAAGCGGUUCAGACUCAACUCUGCCAUCGAGCUUGUCUUCGAUGAAUCGGAGGAAUUUGAUGUGCUGGACAAUGAAGAGUUGCAGGUCGACUUCACGCCACUUUUCGAAGCAGUCCAUAUCCACGAUGCACUGACGCAGGUGGAAAGGUUCAAAUCUGAUUACGCCGCAACGAGGCGGCAGCAGAAGGACCUAUUGAUGCCAACCAGAGUGAACCUAGAAGGCGAGGAGGAGCCGACUUUGAGUGCCUUGCUGGAAGGAAUAGCGGGUUUUGCCAUCAUCGAAAAGGCAACGAUGCAACGUGUGCCACAGCUGCGGUCUCCAGUAGACGUGGACGAGCUGUGGGAUUCGUUGUGUCGCUCAGCCAUCGCCCUUGUCACAAAGGCAUUGAAGGACGUUACAAACGCGGAGAUUCUGCUGAAUAUGAAAGUCCGGAUUGCUUUGUUCAUCCAGACUAUGGAGGGCUGGGGAUACUCGGUGUCAGUGCUGGAUAAUUUCCUCCUGACGCUGUUUGACAAGUAUGCCGAGCUCCUAAAACGUCGCUUCAGCGAAGACUUCCAGGAGAUUGUCUCUACCGAUGACUAUAUGCCCAUGGCCAUUAACAACGUCGAGGAGUAUGAGAAAGUUGUUAAUGUCAGCUGGUUCACUCCUGAGAAGCCUGCUGAGGAACUGAGCUUCCCUUGCGUUCUUCCGUUCUCCCAGAUGUACCCACUGUGCUGUAUAGAUAUAAGGAAUUUCCUCAACCAGUUCUAUUUCUUUUCGGAUGAUCACUUCCAACACCCCAACAUCAUCGACGAAACUCUUAGAAAGUCACUGGACUCCCUUCUCACGGAGAAGGUAUGCCAGUCGCUGGUCGAGAGGCUGAAUUCUCAGUACCUAGGGCAGAUUGUUCAGAUUCUGAUCAACUUGGAACACUUUGAGAUUGCAUGCCAAGAGCUUGAGCAACUGCUCAUUAGAGCUAGGUCCUCGACAUCAGCAGGCGGCCCCGUGACUCUCAGCGCCACAGAGCAGUUCCGAAGCAACAAGAAGACUGCGGAAAAGCGGAUAUUCGAGCUUGUCAACUCCAAGAUUGAUGAUCUUGUUGAUACAGCCGAAUAUGACUGGACUGCCGCCAACCCUCAACUGGAACCAAGCAACUUUAUACAAACUUUGACUCGAUAUCUCGCCAACAUCAUGAGCUCGACACUCCUAGGUUUGCCACGGGAAAUCAAGGAGCUUAUUUACUUUGAUGCCUUGAGCCAUGCGGCAGACAAGAUAUUGACCUUGCCAAUGGCUCCGGAGGUGAAGCGAAUCAACCCCAAUGGCGUGCAGGCCAUGGAGACGGAUGUCCGCUACCUGACCGAAUUCGUGGAGAGCCUGGACAACUCGUUCAUGCUCACGCAGACACUGGACGAACUGCAGCAGACUGUGGAGCUCAUGAAGUCUGGCAACAGCGACGAAUUCUUCGAAGCUGCAGUGCGCAACAAGAAGUAUCCCCGGGUAAAUGCCAUGAAUGGGCCAAUCUUGCUAGAGAAAUUAUCAACCACCGUGGAAAAUACUCCAAAGGGCACACCUGCGCUUGCAGGAUUCUCAUCUCGUUUUGGUUUCAGCUGA